AUGCGUGUCCCUCUCCAGCCCCCUCAACCCCCAACACACAUCGCCUCAGAGCCCCCAAUCGAAGACGCCAAAACCAUCUCCCUCAUCUCCGCAACACUCCUGAUCCCCGGCCGCGGAGAGCCCAUUCACAAUGGCGUCCUCGCCAUCAAAGGCAGCAAAAUCGACUGGAUCGGACGCCACGACGACGUGCCCCCCAAAUACCACAACAUCCCCCCCAGGCAUGUCCCCGUCCUGAUGCCCGGCCUCUGGGACGUCCACGUCCACUUCGUCGGACUCGACGUCCUCGGCACCUGGGCCGCGCCCAGCGCGUACCUCCCCGGGUUCAAUGCCCUGGGCGGCGCCGUCACGGUGGACGAUCUCAAGACGACGCUCAUGGCGGGCUACACCUCGGUGCGCGAGCUGGGCGGCUAUGGCGGCGACGUGUGGCCUGCUGUGCACAACGGCCCGCUCAUCGGUCCCAACAUCUAUUCGUCCAUUGCUGCGCUGUCCAUCACCGGAGGCCACGGCGACGACCAUUCAUCGCCCCUCGACACCGUCACGGCGGCCAUGAACUGCGGUGGGAGCCCCAUUGGCAUCUGCGAUGGCGUUGACGACUGCAUCAAGACGGUUCGCAAGAUGGUGCGCCGAGGCGCUCGCUGCAUCAAAGUGUGCUCCAGCGGCGGUGUAGGCAGCUUGAACGACGACCCGGAGGAUCGCCAGUUCUCAGACGAAGAGCUCAAGGCCAUGGUGGACGAAGCAGCGAGGAGCCGACGAGCCGUGGCAGCGCACGCAAUCGGCAAGGCGGGCAUCAUGUCUGCGCUUCGAGCGGGCGUCAAGUCCAUCGAGCACGGCAUGUACCUCGACGAGGAGGCGGCCGACCUGAUGCUGGACAAGGACGCCAUCUACGUCCCUACGCAGCACAUUGUCCGCAUCCUAGCUCGUGACUAUGGCGACCAGCUCCCUCCGCCAGUCAAACGCAAGCUGCUUGGCAUCAUCGACAAGUCCAAGGACGCAUAUAAGCUAGCCAUCAAGAAGCGAGUCAAGAUUGCCCUUGGCACAGACAUGACGAGCAGCGCCAGGACGUCUGCCCUCUCACACGGCAACAAUGCCCACGAGCUCACGUACGCGGUUGAGAUGGGCAUGACGCCGCUCCAGGCAAUCGAGUGCGCAACGGCCAAUGGGCCGGAGACGCUGGGAGGAAUGGCGCCCUUGAGCGGGCAACUCAGGGUGGGAUAUGAUGCCGACAUCAUCGCCGUUGCCGAGAACCCGCUGAAUGAUGUCGGCGUCCUGACGGACCCCAACAACAUAACACACGUCUGGAAGGGCGGGAAGCUGUUCAAGAGCCGGCCAAGAAUACCGCCCAGCCCUUCUAAAAGCAGCAGGCCGGAUGAGCUGACCCACGUCCAUGUUUGUAAAACGGGACUUGCCGAGGCACAAGACUGGAAAUGGCAAUCGGCAUUCAAGUUGCUAGUGAACGCUGGCACUCGUCCAUGUGAAGAUAACCCGAAAGCCCCUGCUCCUCAGUCGAGGGCGGACACAGCUCUCUUGCUGCCCGCUCACGCCAUUGCUCCCGUCUUUGGCAGCAUCACCGAGGAGCCUAUGUAUGCAAUCCGAGAAAGCAAGGCAAGCACAUAG